GCCACCAGGAGAACAGUUUGUCUAGUGCAGCUGAGGAGUGAGGGUGUUGGACCGCUCUGCUCCUUCAUUUAUCAGUGAAAUUCUUUUCGCUUAAGGACAGGAGAGUUUCUGUAACAGAAUCUCACAUUAGAUCAUCUCAAAGAGAUGGUGCACAAUGGUUACAACAGAAUUAACGCUAUUAACGGAAACAAUGGUAAUAAUGGCGAGGUAAAUCUUGGUGGUGAGGACAGGAGGGCGCAGGCGCCGCACCUGGAGGCCUUGGCGGAGUCAGCGGUGUUGACGCUCAUGACGGGGGCCACAAAGAAGAGGUCUUGGCAGGGGAACAAGGCGCACAUCACGCACAUAGUUCACGCCCACCUCCCUCACAUCGUCCGCCAGCGUAUGCAGGAGCAUGAGGGUAAUCAGAAAGUGUUGCAGAAGCAUGAGGGUAAUCAGAAAGUGUUGCAGGAGCGGGUGCUACGUGACUGGCGGGUGUACGACACAGUGAGUCUGAGGCUGCUGGAUCUGCUCUUCUCUGCUACGACCACUUCUCUUCGUCUCGUCCACGUCAGGACCUUCUACCGCGACGACCUCAUUAGUCUCCUGCCUCGCCUCGCCGGCCUCAGGGAACUGAGCUUUCAGGACUCCACCUGGACGCUGAGCCAACGGCAGCUGGGGCUGGCUGCUCACGCCCUCACCACCAUGGUGCAUCUCCGUGUCCUGAAGCUGCAGUACUGCGGCCACAACCUCCUGCUGGCCACCCUCGGCGCCCACUGCCCCAACCUUCAGGUAGUGGAUGUGCUUGGUUCCCAGGGCGUUGACGACGAAGGCGUAUGGGGCCUGGUGACCGUCAACCACGCCCACUAUAACGCCCUUGCACGCCACGCCCUCGCACACUCCCCAAAGUCCUACAACAACAGUCUCAACGUCAGCCCAGGCGGAUGCUGGAUCCUUGCCUUCAGGAGCCUUGCCUCUAAGAUGCUGAUGAAAAUGGUGCCAAGCAAAGCCCAUUCCAUGCAGGUGAAUAACGCUGAUACGAAGGUGGAAGAAGAUGAGAGUAAUGGUGAGGAUACGAGCACCAAGACUGGCUGGGGAGUGAAGACUGUUGGAGAGAAGCAGGACCAAGAGGCUGUGAUGUGGAGUCUCUGUUGCUCCACUUUGGCGUUCCUGGACCUCCGCUCUACUGGUGUUACGCAAGCCGGGGUCACCAUGCUCACCCAAGCCCUGCCAGUCCAUGCCCGAUUGGCAUACGAUGCUCACAUCCGCCCGGCAUUCGAUGUACGUGCUCAACUUGAACCAGUUUCCCAAACCUGUCCGGCAUCUAAUGCCCACACCCGUCUGACAUCGCCUGCAAACAACCACCGGACACCGGAAGCUGACACCCCCCGGACAACAGAAAGCCACAACACACACAACACAGACACCCAUGACAACACCCAUCUUGCCAGCGAGGUCCAGGCAGCAGUAGCCAGGAUGGUACAGAUACCCUUGUCUGCAUUAUAGACGACUACCCCUGGAUGGUGUUGAAGCCACACUUGGCACACCGGGCCUGCAGCCCCACACUACCUUCAGCCACACAAGGUCACAACUAUACUACACUUACUGACACGUUGGACGAGGCUUGACUGGUUUUCAUUAGUUCGAGCCAGGUCCAGUUUCAUAAUUAUGCUCGGGAAACAGCAUCACCUCUUAGAUAUUUCCCUCAGCCACACUUGAACAUAGCAUAUCUUCCCUAGUUCCUGUGUUCCACACAUUGAAUAAACUGACUGAACUACGAAGUGGAGUUGUAGAGAAGGGCUAUAUACACGGCUUCAAAUGUAGAUUUGAUGGGUCAGGAACCUUUACACCAGUCAGUUGGAAUCUCAAAAGUGGAGUAGAAGGUGAAGCUCGGCUCUGGCAAUCAUAGCGUGUUAGUUAACACAUCCACGCAUGUACACACAUGCGCACACAUGGGGUAAUACAUGCACAGUCUGAUAACAUCUUUUGGAACAGCUGUGUAUAUGUUUUCAGUCUCUCCUGCUCACUCUUCCUAUCUGUCUUGCGAGCUGCCGUUCUUCCCGUCUCGGUCUCUCUCUUUACCAUGAACUCGCUAUCUUAUCCUUCUCUUUUACUAUUUAUCUCUAUGCUAUCUCUCGUUCUUCCUGUCUCUCGACGUCCUCAUAUGAAGUGUUUUUCAUUUUAAUAUCAUGACCGUCAUCCUACAUUGUUUCAUUUGUGUGUUUCUCAGAUCCUCAAAAAUCAGGGGCCAGAUUCACAAAGCAGUUACGCAAGUACUUACGAACCUGUACAUCUUUCCUCAAUCUUUGACAACUUUGUUUACAUUUAUUAAACAGUUUACACGCAUGAAAACUUCCCAAUCAAC